CGGAUAGCCGGAUACGACUCCGAUCGAAUCCAAUAAUAAUAAGUUAACCAGAGGUAGAAGACGCGAGAGUGAGUGAGGGAAGCAGGUGAGGUGAAGAGUGAAGAAGCAGCAAUAAUGCAACGCGCAAGAUCGCUCCUAACAAGGUUUAAUCCAAUCGCAUACAGAUACAGAUACAGAUGCCAAAGCCGAACCCUGUGUUCUUCUUCGAACGAGGAAGUUGUGGUUGUUGAAGGAAACGGUUACUCGAGAAUGGCAAUUCUCAACAGACCCACUGCUCUCAACGCCCUCAACACCUCCAUGGUGGCUACCCUCACCAAACUUUACCGAGCUUGGGAAGAUAACCCCGACGUUGGCUUUGUCACCAUCAAGGGCAGUGGUCGGGCAUUUGCAGCUGGCGGUGAUAUUGUCGCCAUUUACCAUUUCAUCAACAGAGCCAACAUGGAAGCCUGCAAGGAAUUCUUCCGAACAAUAUAUCGUUUUAUUUACGUCAUAGGUACAUAUAUGAAGCCACAUAUCGCUCUUCUGAAUGGCAUUACCAUGGGUGGUGGAGCUGGAAUUUCAAUCCCCGGCACUUUUCGAGUUGCAACCGACAAAACUGUAUGUAAUAUUUUUGCUACCCCUGAAGUUCUUAUUGGAUUUCACCCUGAUGCUGGAGCAUCUUUCUACCUUUCACAUUUACCUGGUCACUUAGGCGAAUACUUGGCCCUAACAGGGGAAAAGCUCAAUGGAGUAGAGAUGGUUACUUGUGGACUUGCUACACACUACUCACUAACUGCAAGGCUCCCGUUAAUUGAAGAACAGCUGGGGAAAUUAGUUACUGAUGAUCCUUCUGUCAUUGAAACCACUUUAGAACAGUAUGGUGACCUUGUACACUCAGAUAGCAGUAGUGUACUUCAAAGGAUUGAAAUUGUAGAUAAAUGCUUUUGCCAUGACACAGUGGAAGAGAUUGUUGAUUCUUUGGAAAGAGUGGCAAGUGAAACAAAUGAUGCAUGGUGCAUUUCUACCCUAAAUAGACUUAAAGAAGCUUCGCCAUUGAGCUUGAAGGUUUCCUUGAGAUCAAUACGAGAGGGUAGAUUUCAGACUCUUGACCAGUGCUUGUCACGUGAGUACCAUAUGACUUUACAAGCAACAUCUAAGCAGAUUUCUGGUGACUUUUGUGAGGGGAUAAGGUCUCGUGUGGUGGAUAAGGACUUUGCACCAAAGUGGGAUCCUCCAACAUUGGAAAAGGUGUCUCAAGACAUGGUGGAUCAGUACUUCUCACCUCUAAGUGAAUUUGAACCUGGUCUAGGGCUCCCCACAAAAGUUCGAGAAGCAUUUUUGUAAUUUCUCUUUAUCUUGAAAUGCUUCAAAAGGUACAACCAUCGGUAUUGGUCAAUCUGGCUCUCCAAUAAACAAUCCUUUUGGAUAAGAGAGAAAAUUGGAGGAUUGAUGUCUCUGAAAGUGGCUCUCCAGAUAAACAUCUUUAGUCUUCGAAAAAGGAAAUGACGAAAUUGAUAUUCAUAUAAGCAAUUCUUAAUGUGCAUCUUAGAGAGAUUUUAUUGGUACUAUUGCUACUAUUGCCUAGCAAUUAAAUAGGGGUAUUUAUCUAAA